CUGGAUUUGGCCCCAGUAAGCCCUGCAGCCCCCUUAGGGGAAACGGCAACAUCCCGCGACCCUCACGGAUAAGCAGAAAGAAAACAAAACGAAACGAAAUCUCUAUUAUUUCUGUACAUAGGAUAAAACAUAUAUUGGAUAUUGGAUAAAACAGCCUCUGUCCAGUCAUUUGUCUUGGCUGCUGUCCACACAUGUCAGCAAUGCCGUGUAUGUGUUUUGCAGCAGUGAAGUGUUCACCAAAAGAUGACUUUCUUAUGUGUCCCACCAAAGGACACAGUUUGCACAAUUUGCACGGCCUUUAGCAGUGAUUUUGUUGGUAAAUGUGAGAGGUUUGUAUCUACAAAUCCAGAAACAAGGAAGUGCGUUUUCGCUGAACUGCUGUGACUGGUGAAAAUAGCAAGACCACAGCAUAGGUCAAAUUUGCACUAAAGUUGUGGUGAUUAGACAACAUUGGAUGACUUUGAAUGACUUGGUGCAGCUGCACACCGUGAAAUCCUGGAGGAACUGAAAAAGGAUCCACACCAGUGCAAAUACUGUAUUGAGACAACACCUCUUCAAAGGCUCUGAUAGGAUGCUGCAAAAUGACAGCCUUAUGUGGGUGGAAGCAAUAAUAUCAAGUUUCUUCUCACCUCGCAAUAUAAGAUAAGUUCCACUUUUGGUUGUAGCAUUGCCUCCCUGAUGAUGGGUCAUUCAUGAUUUUGCAUCUGGGUAUGUAAACUACUUAUGUGAUACAAUAUUUUAUAACAUUAUAAGGCUCUGUUUUUUACUGUUCUGUUUUCAUCAACAUAGACCAAACAAAAAUGUAACUGCUUUGCAAACUGAUGUGCCUUGGGUAAAUAAAGGUUGAUAAGUAAUUUAACGAAUCACAUAAGUCCAUUAUUCAGUGAAGAUCAAGGUAUGGCUCAGAUAAAGAUAAACAGUGAUGGGAAGUUUGAACUGUGAGCUUUGAAAUGUGAUUUGCAUUUCAGCAAACAAAAAAUUAAAAAUGCAAUGAUAUGUAAUACUGUAAUGCUUUUUGUGUUGUUUUGAUCUUUUGCAUUUUUAGGAGAUAAAAACAAAGAUGGGGUCAGAACAGAGCACCCUGCAAAAGAAAGGCUUCAGACCAGAAAAUGAAACACGAUAUCCUAUUGUUGCUACAAAAGGAGAUGAGAAAUUUUUCAUUAAAAAGAUCGACUUACUUCAGACAUCCGGAAAUGCUGACCCAGCAUUAAAUGAGAUAGAAAUCCUCAUGAAGACAAGCCAUCCUCAUAUUGUGAGCUUCAAGGAUUCUUUCAGAGAGUGCGACACUUACUAUGUGGUGAUGAACUACUGUCAGGGAGGAAGCCUUGCUUCAAAGAUCAGAGAGACUCGACCUCCACAAGAGUUUGAGGUACUUAGCUGGAUUGUUGAGAUCACCAUGGCUUUGAAAACCAUGCAUGAAAAAGGCUUGGUUCACAAACAUCUGACACCAGAGAAUGUACUCCUCACUGAAUAUGGAACAGUGCGCUUGGGGGAAUCUGGAAAAAUCUAUGAAAAUUCAAAACAAACACAGCCAACUGGAUCAGAUCAAUCGGAAAAAAUACGUUUUCUGGCACCGGAAGUCUUCACAGAUGGGGUGUAUGAUGCCAAAAGUGACAUUUGGUCAAUGGGAUGCAUACUCUAUGAGCUCAGUACUCAACAUUCAGCGUUCUCAGCAGAGACUUCAGUCAAGCUCAUUCCCAAGAUAAUUGGAGGUCCUUACCCAUCUCUCCCAGAGCACUUCUCACCAGAACUUUGCAAACUACUGAGUGAUAUAUUUAAAAAAGACCCUCAAUCAAGACCAACAGUCCAAGAGAUACUGGGAUGUCCUAUUAUGAUAAGAUGUCUCUCAGAAAAGAGCAAAAGAGCUGUAGAUGACCUGCAGACAAAGUUGGACAAUCUCAGGAAAGUGGCAGACGGUUUGGAGCGUGUGCACCAGGGCACCACCAUCGUCAGUCUGGCAGGAGGAGUAAUUGGAGCGGCAGGAGGGAUCACAUCCAUAGUGGGAGUUAUACUGGCCCCCUUCACUUUGGGAGCUUCUCUCAUUGUCACUGGUGUUGGAGUCGGAGUGGGUGUAGCUGGUGGGCUCACUGCUAGUGUCUCCAAUAUCACUGAUAUGGUCAAUCAGUCUUCUGAUCGCAAAGCUGUUCGAAGCAUCAUUAAAGAGUUUGAAGAGAGAAUGAAUGCACUUGUCACCUGGCUCCAGGAGAUUAAAAACAGUUUAGAGUUAAUCAAGGACAAAUGUGACUUAGCUGACACUCUUAACAUGAAGGGUAACCAGUUAAAUAAAGACAACCUGGUCAGGCUUAGCUCCAGAGCAGGGAGGGGCCUAGGAGGCAUUGCUGAGCUUGUUCGACUUAUUCAGGUGAUGAACAUUGGCAGAAUUGCAGCGCAAACUUCCAAAGCAUUGCGUGCGGCAGAGGCAGUAACAGGUGUGUUGUCUGGUUUAUUUCUGGCAGUGGACAUCUUCUUCAUUGCCAUGGAUGCAAAAGAGCUACACCACAUUAGACAGGCAAAGGCAGCAGAGGAAAGAGCAGAGGAAAGAGCAGAGGAUGGGGACACAAGUGAGUCAAUGUCUGAGACUGAAACCAGUGACUUUGCAUCCACCUCUGAUCAGGAUGCACUAGUGGCAAGCUCAAUGAAGCAAGAGGUCCCGCCUCAGCCACAGAACCAGGCUUCCCAAAAUGAUACUCAGAUCAGAUCUGAGAUCAUGAAAUUUGUCCGAUCAAUCAGGCAGGCAGCAGACAAAUUGCAAAGAGUCUUGGAUGAGCUCAAAACGAUCACCUCAUCUAUCCCUUCACUUCAUUCUGAGAGUUAG